UGAGCCUAUCAACAGCGCCGAAGUUCGCUGACGUGACUUGACAUCUGAACCUUGAAGCUCAUUCAUGUUGCAUCUUGCAUCUUGCACAUACAAAAUAUGCCAAUCAGCAUUAAACCAAACGACGACUCGACCUCCUAGAUGAACGACACAUCCACUGCGCCUACUACGCCUACAUCUUGUUCAGCUACUAUCACGCUGUCAAGAUGAUCAAUUACUUGAGGCACAUCUUGAACCUGCAUUCUAAUACCUACAGCUGAUUGUUCUACUAAACUGCCCUGACACUCGGCCAGCACCAGCAAGGGUGCAAUUUGGGCAACCAUGUUCGAGAAGUCGCUAUACGACCUCAUUCGAGGUCUAAGGAACCAUAAAGGCAACGAGAAAGAGUACAUGCAAAACUGCUUGAAAGAAUGUCGUGCAGAAAUCCGAAGCCAGGACCUGGAUCUCAAGGCGACCGCUUUGCUAAAAUUAAUAUACCUCGAAAUGUUCGGGCACGAUAUGUCAUGGGCUUCCUUCAAUGUACUCGAGGUUAUGGCUUCUCCCAAAUACCAUCAAAAGCGAGUGGGAUAUCUAGGCGCUAUUCAGAGCUUUCGUCCUGAUACGGAGGUUCUCAUGUUAGCAACCAAUCUCCUCAAGAAGGAUUUGACUGCAGCAUCGACGACCACCAUCGCUCUUCCGAUCGUGACCCUUCCGCACGUUAUCACCCCGUCCCUCGCGCUCUCUGUUCUACCCGAUCUCCUACCACGACUCAACCAUACCCAUCCUGCCCUUCGAAAAAAGACUAUUGUCACACUUUAUAGGCUCGCCUUAGUAUAUCCCGAAACUCUGCGUGCCGCCUGGCCGAGGAUCAAGGAUAGACUCAUGGAUAGGGCUGAAGACCCCAGUGUGACGGCUGCUAUCGUGAAUGUCAUCUGCGAACUGGGAUGGCGGCGGCCUCACGACUUUCUCCCUUUAGCGCCUCGCUUGUUCGAGCUGCUGGUCGAUAGUGGAAACAACUGGAUGGCAAUAAAAUUGAUCAAGUUGUUCGCUACCUUGACGCCGCUUGAGCCAAGGCUUGUUCGAAAACUGUUACCCCCUUUGACGGAGAUCAUCCGUACGACCCCGGCCAUGUCCUUAUUAUAUGAGUGUAUUAGCGGCAUUAUCCAAGGUGGUAUCCUUGGAAGCGGCGAAGAUGCAGAUGGAAGAGAAGAGAUCGCAUCUCUCUGUGUUAACAAGCUGCGAGGCAUGGUAAUGAUAGAUGGCGAUCCAAAUUUGAAAUACGUGGCGCUGCUCGCUUUCAAUCAGAUCGUCAUCACUCAUCCGUGGCUAGUUGCCCAACAGGAAGACGUUAUCUUAGAGUGCAUAGAUAGCACCGACAUCUCUAUUCGUAUAAAAGCACUAGAUCUCGUACAGGGCAUGGUCAGUGGCGACAAUCUAGUCUCCAUUGUGAGUCGUCUCAUGAGACAACUCAAGCUCUCGUCUUCAGCAGACCGCAGGGCAGCGAGCUCUUCACGGAUGAGCCCAGAAGACUCGGACGACGAAGAUUUCGAGAAAACAAGUGACCCCGUAUCGAAAUCAGCGAAUCGAGCUCCGCCACUUCCAGAUGAUUACAGGAUUGACGUUAUCGGAAGGAUACUAAACAUGUGUUCUCAGAAUAACUAUGGAUACUUAACAGAUUUCGAGUGGUAUAUUGAUAUACUGACACAACUCGUUCGAAACGCUCCGCUCCCAAGGCCUGUCGGUGAUGUGGAUUCCCUUUCAGUCCCAGCAAAAUCAAAUGACGGGGAUAUAUCCGAGAGAAUAGGUGGGGAGUUGCGGAAUAUUACCGUCAAAGUUCAGGCUCUUCGUCCUAUCUGUGUUAGAGCCGCGGAGGCGAUCUUAUCUCAGCUGAAUGGCGAGACACCGAUUGGACAACCUAUUGUUUCGGGAGCAUUAAAACCGGUUGCUUGGAUCAUCGGGGAAUUUUCUUCGGAUUUAUCUUCCCCAGAUGAUAUUCUUGGAACUCUGUUACAACUCAUCCCGAAGACCCCAUCUCCGGAGUCUCUUGCAGCCUGUCUUCAAGCGAGUAUGAAAGUCUUUUCUCUGGUUACGGGAGACCAACUAACUCCUUGGACCCCCGAGCGUAAAUCGAAAAUUUCACUUCUCAUGGCUCGCAUCAUCCAUACUUUCGAAUCUUUAGCACUCCACCCGAACCUCGAAGUUCAAGAACGAGCAGUAGAAUUCAUAGAGCUGCUGAAACUUACAGCUGAAGCGGCCUCAAGCCAGGAGGCUUCGACGGAAACCGUCUAUCAAGAUCCUCCCUUACUCCUUACACAGGCAAUACCAUCCCUUUUCUCUGGCUGGGAAUUAAAUUCAGUCGCCCAAGCCGCGCAGAAGAAUGUUCCUCUCCCAGAAGGGCUAGACCUCGACGAACCUAUUAAUCCAAACCUGAACUUCCUCCUCGCAUCCGCCGAGUCGAUAUCUAUCCCGGUCGACGAAACGGAUGAAUUUGAGAGUUACUACUAUCAGCGACCUCCACCGACUAGUAUUGUCUCCGAACCGGCCAUCAACAAGCUGGCAGACAGUCGUGACGAGGCAUCUGGUUCCUACCAACAACCUACCGAGGAGACGUACCUAGACGCGGACAUAUUAGCGAAAAGGAAAGCCGAGCGGUUGGAGAGGAACCGCGACGACCCGUUCUACAUCCAGGAAAGCAAUUCCAUCCAGAGAUCCUCAACCCCUAUACAUAACAUCCUCCAGAACUCAAACGGCCCAGACCUGGACGUCGACUCGAUCCCUAUCAUGGAGCUCGACCUCGACAAACUCAGCGCUGGCGUCGACCACUCGCAACCGCACCAGCCGGCCAGGCCGGCCCGGCGCGCGCCGCGCCAGAAGAUCGUCGUCGCGGCGGACGAGAACUUAGCGGGCAGCGGCCUGAGCACGCCGAACCGCAACUACGACUCCGAGAACAGCUCGGGCGCUGGCGCCGCGGCGGCAGCGUCCAAGGCCCACGGCAAGAAGCUCAAGCAGUCGCUCCUAGGCGUAGACUCGACCAGCAUCGGCGCGCUCAACCUCGAGGGCGACGACGACGACAACAUAUCGAGCGCCAGGGCCUUCGACCCCGAGGCCCGCCAGAGGGAGGAGGCGGAGAUGGCGCAGGCCGUGAAAGAGGUCGAGCGCCUGCGGCUCGAGAUGCAGCGCGCGAACGAGCGGAUACAGGUCGCGCAGGGCGUCGACGCCGCCGGCACCGUCGUCGUCAAGAAGAAGAAAUCCGGCGCUAAGACUGGUAAGGCUAAGAAACCGAAGGCUACUACUGCUGCUACUACUACUACUACUACCGUAAACGCAAAUACGACUGAGGGGAACGGAGAAGGCGUGGCGGGAGAUGAUGGGGACGCGGGAGCGGGGACGGAGAUGAAAGUCAAGAAGAAGAAAAAGAAGAAGGUGGCGACGAUAGACGAAGGGUCUGGCGCGGCGGGGGAAGAAGUGGCGGCGGUGGUUAAGCCCAAGACCAAGAAAAAGAAGGCGAAACCACCGGUCGAGUUCCAUGAUGCGGAGGCGGGUUGAAGUGGAGGUGUGUGUGUGAAUGAGCGCGAGCAUGUGUGUAGGGUAUGGGCAUAGGCAUGAGCAUUUUUGCUUCAUAGGUACAUAGAUGGAAUACCAUUACGAUGCAUCAUUACGGUUUGAAA